CUGUUUAGCAGAGCAGCCGCAUGGCUUGUGAUCACUUCCUGUACUUCUCUGUACCAUGUGACCAAAUAGUCACAUGGUCUGUGACAUCACCAGGGUCCUUCUACUGGCCAGGAACUAGCCGCUACCCUAGUCGUUACCUAAACAGCAGGGAGGUUCGGUAGGGUAAAGUGCACCUGGUCCUUCUCCCUGAUUGCGGCAGUUGGCGGGAUAAACGGGUACCAGAGGUGACUCUCCAUAAUGUCCGUCUUUCGUUCAGGUGUUCUGGUCCUAACUUCGCCUCUCUCUGCAUUGUCUGUGAGAUUGGCACCUAUUUUGGCUUCUGCGGCAAAGAUUGUCCAAGAUACUCUUUAUGUUCACCUCCAACCAGGACUCUUGCUUACUGGCUCAUCUCAACCCAGCUCCACCUGCAUUCCAGCCACUAACGAAGUUUGCAAGCUAAUUUCUAAACUAUAUUCGGAUGCAGAUGUCUAUUCUAACCUGGAUGUUCGUGUGCUUUUAACCAAUAUUAAAAACCAAAGUAACAGCCAGCAGAUCUUCUCUUCUGUGCAGAACCUCUCCCACCCUCCAGAAGUGGUUCUCACAGACUUUCAGACAAGUGAUGGUGGACAGUACAACCCUGCCAAGCAGCAGCUGGAGCGCUAUGCAACAAACUGUUAUAGUUGUCAUCCAAACUUGAUAUCCAUAUUACUAUAUCCAGAUUAUGAACAAGCAGAUUAUUAUAAGCCUGAAGAACUAAACAGUGGAGGAACGCUACUGCAGUGUCACAGUGAUGUUGUGGUGGGCGGAACAUUUGAUAGGUUGCACAGUGCUCAUAAAAUUCUAUUGAGUGUUUGCGGUUUGCUGUCUGAUAGGCGUCUUCUCAUCGGUGUUGCUGACGGUGAGCUACUGGACAAUAAGAUCCUGAAGGAGUUGAUUGAGCCUUAUGAGAAGAGAGUUAAUAAACUGUCUCAGUUCCUGGUCGAUGUGAAGCCCUCUCUUAUAUACGACAUGGUGCCUAUAUCAGAUCCUUAUGGCCCUUCAAUAACUGAUCCAGACCUGAAAUGUAUUGUGGUCAGUGAAGAGACUCGUAAGGGAGGACUCUCUGUGAACAGGAGGCGUCUAGAAAAUGGGCUCGAAGAACUGGAUGUUCAUGAGAUCAAGCUGGUCACAGAUCCUCAACACUCUAAAAUUGAAGAGGAGAAAAUUAGCUCUUCCAGCCUCAGGAACAGAUUAUUAGGGACCCUGCUGAAAACUCCAACUGUGAACCGCAGUAUCCCAUCUCGGCCUUACAUCAUCGGUUUAACAGGAGGCAGCGGCAGUGGGAAGUCUUCUAUUGCAAAAAGGCUGGAGGUCCUUGGAGCUGCUCUCAUAGAUUGUGAUAAAUUAGGACACCAAAGUUACAGGCCUGGAGGACCAGCAUACCAGCUGGUCAUUGAUGAGUUUGGCUCAGAUAUCCUGUGUCCAGAUGGAACCAUUGACAGGAAAGCUAUUGGCAGCAAAGUCUUUGGAAAUAAGGACCAGUUAAAGCAUCUAACGGAUAUAGUGUGGCCAGCAAUUGCAGCAUUGGCUAAAGAGGCUAUUGAAGAAGCAACUACCAAUGGAAUGCCAGUCUGUGUGAUGGAUGCUGCUGUUUUGCUAGAAGCUGGAUGGGAUAAUAUGGUUCAUGAAAUCUGGACAGUGAUCAUACCAGAAAAAGAAGCGGUGGUGCGCAUAAUGAACAGAGAUGGCGUCACUGAGGAUUCUGCAAAGAACAGAUUGUCCAGCCAGAUGUCUAAUAAUGAGCGGGUAGUUGCAUCAAAUGUGGUUCUUUGUACCCUUUGGGAUCCAGAGAUCACUCAGAUACAGGUUCAGAAAGCAUGGGAUCUUCUCCAGCAAAGGAUCCACUAUAAUGCUUCCAAAGCAAGCCCUGUUUUAACCUAGGAUGAAAAUAGAAGCCCUGUUUUAGAAUAUUGACAUUUUAAACUCCUCACCUUUCACUGUCUGUGUGGUUUUAUUUUUGUUUUUAUGUAUCUCAAAAUGUUUUACGGUCUGAGCACAUUUACACAUUGAUGUGACAAACGUAGGUGAUGCACCAAGUUCCUUACCUUUUCAUAUCUUUGAUCAGUAAAAUUCGAUUUCUGAAUGUAUGAAUGUUUUUUGAUUCCUUAAGUAGUACAUGGGGUAAAAAAAACAACAACAAACAAUGGAACCAAUUUAUGAAACUUUGAGUAUGGAAAGGCAUGGCUAUUGACAGCUGGCUGCUCAUGUAGUAGAACUUGGCACGUGCUUCGUCCUUGUCGGCAGCCACCCUUUUUUUAUUUUGCUCUUUAUUUUGUUCCUAAAAAGAUUUAACAGUUGUGUUUUAAUAAAUAGGAGAAUUGUAUUGAAUUGCUGAUUGUGGAAAUAUAACUGGUUUAAGUGUUGGUUAAUGGAAAAUAAAUGCAGCUGUUAACAAAGGUUGUACAUCUUGUGCAUCUGCCUGCUGAAUAAAAUCUUUGUUAAAUCUGAA